CCUAGCCGGCGGUAGCCCGGGGCAGGGGAGGCGGCGGUAACCUGUGCGGUUUCCCUUGCCCUUCGUCGCCACCCCCAGGAGAGCCUGUCGCGUAGGAUAAUCCUUUUCCUCCUCCUGCCCCCUAAGGAGCUUUGAACCGGCCUUGUCACCCUUCCUACCCACCGCCGCUCCUUUCCCCUCGAAGGAACUUGAAGUUUCCGAAUCGGUUCCCUUUCAACGUAGUGACAGAUCUUGAAGCAGGAAGCUGAUAAACAACUCCGAACGAAAUACGCUCAAAAUUUUUCCUUUCAGGCUGCCUCAGAAGAAAGGAGAAUGGCGUUCAGUAAAGGAUUCCGGAUCUAUCACAAACUGGACCCCCCACCUUUCAGCCUCAUAGUGGAAACUAGGCAUAAGGAAGAAUGUCUCAUGUUCGAGUCUGGGGCUGUUGCGGUGCUCUCAUCUGCAGAAAAAGAGGCAAUCAAGGGUACAUACUCCAAAGUACUGGACGCAUAUGGACUCUUAGGUGUUUUGCGGUUAAAUCUUGGUGAUACUAUGUUACAUUAUCUGGUCCUAGUCACUGGAUGUAUGUCUGUUGGAAAAAUUCAAGAAUCUGAAGUUUUCCGAGUUACUUCCACUGAGUUUAUAUCACUGAGAAUUGAUUCUUCAGAUGAGGAUCGCAUUUCAGAAGUGCGGAAAGUUUUGAAUUCAGGAAACUUUUAUUUUGCAUGGUCUGCAUCUGGCAUCAGUUUAGAUUUGAGUCUUAAUGCGCAUCGUAGCAUGCAAGAACAGACAACUGAUAAUAGAUUUUUCUGGAAUCAGUCUUUGCAUUUGCAUCUCAAACACUAUGGUGUGAAUUGUGAUGACUGGUUAUUACGUCUUAUGUGUGGAGGUGUAGAAAUCAGAACAAUUUAUGCUGCACAUAAACAGGCAAAGGCUUGCCUCAUUUCAAGAUUAAGCUGUGAACGAGCUGGGACCAGGUUUAAUGUCCGGGGAACAAAUGAUGAUGGUCAUGUUGCCAAUUUUGUAGAAACAGAACAGGUUGUGUACUUAGAUGACUCUGUUUCUUCCUUCAUACAAAUCCGAGGAUCUGUUCCAUUGUUCUGGGAGCAACCAGGGUUGCAAGUGGGAUCUCAUCGUGUCCGUAUGUCAAGGGGAUUUGAAGCCAAUGCACCUGCUUUUGACAGGCAUUUUAGAACACUUAAGAACUUAUAUGGUAAACAAAUAAUAGUAAAUUUGCUCGGAUCUAAGGAAGGUGAACAUAUGCUAAGUAAGGCUUUCCAGAGUCAUUUGAAAGCUUCUGAACAUGCUGCUGAUAUCCAGAUGGUGAAUUUUGACUAUCAUCAAAUGGUUAAAGGAGGAAAGGCAGAAAAAUUACACAGUGUUCUUAAACCUCAAGUCCAGAAGUUUCUAGAUUAUGGAUUUUUUUAUUUCAAUGGAAGUGAAGUUCAAAGAUCCCAGAGCGGUACAGUUCGAACAAACUGCUUGGAUUGUCUUGAUAGAACAAAUAGUGUGCAGGCAUUUCUUGGCUUAGAGAUGCUAGCUAAACAGUUGGAAGCUCUUCGUUUAGCUGAAAAGCCUCAGUUGGUGACUCGCUUUCAAGAAGUUUUUCGGUCAAUGUGGUCUGUGAACGGUGAUUCAAUCAGUAAGAUAUAUGCAGGAACUGGAGCUCUUGAAGGGAAAGCAAAGGCUGGAAAGUUAAAAGAUGGUGCUCGUUCUGUUACCAGAACAAUUCAGAAUAACUUCUUUGACAGCUCUAAGCAAGAGGCCAUUGAUGUUUUGCUACUGGGAAAUACUCUUAAUAGUGAUUUAGCUGACAAAGCUCGAGCACUUUUAACUACUGGAAGUUUGCGUGUUUCUGAACAGACAUUACAGUCAGCAUCUUCUAAAGUACUAAAGAGCAUGUGUGAGAAUUUCUACAAAUAUUCAAAGCCGAAGAAAAUUCGAGUAUGUGUUGGAACCUGGAACGUGAAUGGUGGGAAACAAUUUCGCAGCAUAGCUUUCAAGAAUCAGACACUCACUGACUGGCUUCUUGAUGCACCCAAGUUAGCUGGCAUCCAGGAGUUUCAAGAUAAAAGAAGUAAGCCAACUGAUAUAUUUGCAAUUGGUUUUGAAGAAAUGGUAGAAUUGAAUGCUGGAAACAUUGUGAAUGCAAGCACAACAAAUCAGAAGCUCUGGGCUGUAGAACUUCAGAAGACAAUCUCCAGAGACAACAAGUAUGUGCUGCUGGCUUCUGAGCAGUUGGUGGGCGUCUGUCUGUUUGUUUUUAUCAGACCACAGCAUGCUCCUUUUAUCAGGGAUGUUGCAGUUGAUACUGUGAAGACUGGAAUGGGAGGUGCAACUGGAAAUAAGGGAGCAGUUGCAAUCCGAAUGCUAUUCCACACAACCAGCCUUUGCUUCGUCUGUAGCCACUUUGCUGCAGGGCAGUCACAAGUCAGAGAAAGAAAUGAAGAUUUUGUAGAAAUAGCACGAAAAUUGAGUUUUCCUAUGGGAAGAAUGCUGUUUUCCCAUGACUAUGUAUUUUGGUGUGGUGAUUUCAACUAUCGAAUUGAUCUCCCUAACGAAGAAGUUAAAGAGCUCAUAAGACAGCAAAAUUGGGAUUCUCUUAUAGCAGGAGAUCAACUUAUCAAUCAGAAAAAUGCCGGACAGAUUUUUAGAGGAUUUUUAGAGGGAAAGGUGACCUUUGCUCCAACAUAUAAGUAUGACUUGUUUUCUGAUGACUAUGACACCAGUGAAAAGUGCCGCACCCCUGCGUGGACAGACCGUGUCCUUUGGAGAAGAAGGAAAUGGCCUUUUGAUAGAUCAGCCGAAGAUCUAGAUCUUCUAAAUGCUAGUUUUCAAGAUGAUAGCAAAAUCCUCUACACGUGGACUCCAGGCACUUUGCUGCACUAUGGAAGAGCUGAGCUGAAGACCUCUGACCAUAGGCCUGUCGUUGCCCUGAUUGACAUAGAUAUAUUUGAAGUUGAAGCUGAAGAGAGGCAAAACAUUUAUAAAGAAGUAAUUGCAGUUCAGGGUCCACCAGAUGGUACGGUAUUAGUCUCGAUCAAAAGUUCUUUACCAGAAAAUAAUUUUUUCGAUGAUGCCUUGAUUGAUGAGCUUCUGCAGCAGUUUGCAAGUUUUGGUGAAGUUAUACUUAUAAGAUUUGUAGAAGAUAAAAUGUGGGUUACAUUUUUGGAGGGAAGCUCUGCCUUGAAUGUUCUGAGCCUAAAUGGUAAAGAGUUAUUGAAUCGGACUAUAACUAUUGCUUUAAAAAGUCCAGACUGGAUCAAAAAUUUGGAAGAAGAAAUGAGUUUAGAGAAAAUUAGCAUUGCAUUGCCAUCAUCAACCAGCUCUACCCUGCUUGGUGAAGAUGCAGAGGUUGCAGCAGAUUUUGAUAUGGAAGGUGAUGUGGAUGACUAUAGUGCUGAAGUGGAGGAACUUCUUCCCCAGCAUCUCCAGCCAUCUUCAAGUUCUGGCCUUGGCACUUCCCCCAGCUCUUCACCCCGGACUAGUCCCUGCCAGUCACCUACGAUAUCAGAGGGUCCUGUACCUUCCCUUCCCAUCAGACCAAGCCGAGCACCGUCAAGAACUCCUGGGCCUCCAAGUGCACAGAGUUCUCCUAUUGAUGCACAGCCAGCAACGCCGCCGCUGCCGCAGAAAGACCCUACCCAGCCCUUGGAGCCCAAGCGGCCACCGCCGCCCCGCCCAGUCGCUCCUCCCACACGCCCCGCUCCCCCACAGAGACCUCCUCCGCCUUCAGGGGCUAGGAGUCCUGCACCCACUAGAAAAGAAUUUGGAGGUAUUGGAGCCCCUCCCAGUCCUGGGGUAGCUAGGAGAGAGAUGGAAGCACCCAAAAGCCCUGGAACAACACGGAAAGAUAUAGGACGCAGUCAGCCUUCACCUCAAGCAGGACUUGCAGGCGCAGGACCUGCUGGAUACAGUACAGCCAGACCGACGAUUCCUCCUCGUGCUGGAGUUAUCAGUGCCCCACAGAGCCAGGCACGGGCAUCUGCUGGAAGACUGACUCCUGAAAGCCAAAGCAAAACAUCAGAAACAUCAAAAGGUUCAACUUUCCUUCCUGAACCACUGAAGCCUCAGGCUGCCUUUCCUCUGCAGUCUUCUUUGCCCCCACCUGCUCAAAGGUUGCAGGAGCCCCUUGUCCCUAUGGCAGCACCUAUGCCUCAGUCCGGUCCCCAGACAAAUUUGGAAACCCCACCGCAACCACCACCUCGAAGCAGGUCAUCUCAUAGCUUGCCUUCAGAAGCUUCCUCACAACCGCAAGUAAAAACAAAUGGAAUCUCUGGUGUCACACGAGAAUCACCAUUAAAGAUUGACCCAUUUGAAGAUCUGUCAUUUAAUCUGCUUGCUGUAUCAAAGGCUCAGCUAUCUGUUCAAACGUCACCUGUUCCAACCCCAGAUCCACAGAGGUUGAUACAGUUGCCUUCUGCAACACAAAGUAAUGUUAAUACUUUGAGUUCUGUACAUUGCAUGCCAACAAUGCCUCCAAUUCCAGCUCGGAGUCAAUCCCAGGAAAAUAUGCGAAGUUCUCCAAAUCCAUUUAUUACUGGCUUGAUCAGGACAAAUCCUUUCAGUGACAGUACUGCUGCUCCUGGAAACCCAUUUAGAGCCGAAUCUCAAGAAUCAGAGGCAACUUCAUGGUUCUGCAAAGAAGAGCCCGUUACUAUCAGUCCUUUCCCUUCUCUUCAGCCUCUUGGUCAUAACAAAAGCAAGGCUUCAUCUUCACUUGAUAGGUUUAUGGACAGUUUGGAUCUACAGGGCCAGUCUACAUUAAAAAUUAGCAACCCAAAAGGAUGGGUAACCUUCGAGGAAGAAGAGGACUUUGGUGUGAAAGGGAAGUCAAAGUCAGCUUGUUCAGACUUACUGGGUAAUCAGCCAAGUUCAUUUUCUGGCUCCAACCUGACAUUGAAUGAUGACUGGAAUAAAGGUACAAAUGUCUCUUUUUGUGUGUUGUCAUCAAGAAGACCUCCUCCACCUCCUGUCCCUCUGCUCCCACCCGGCACCAGCCCUCCUGUAGAUCCUUUCACUACCUUGGCCUCCAAGGCAUCACCCACACUGGACUUCACAGAAAGAUAACACCAUACGAUGGAAGACAGUGGGUAUUUGCUUUUGGCGGGGUAGAGCCAAGAGAAUUGGGCAUUAGUAUUUCAUUAUGUGCAAUAAGUCAUUGUUAAGUGCACUGAUAUCUUCACAAAACACCACUAUUUGAUGUGUACAGAGUUGGAAUAUGUGUAUAUUGGAAAUAAGGAAAAACCCCUUCACAUUGUUAACUGGAGUUUUGAUGUAUUUCUCUUUGGAUGAAUAGAAGACAGUAGUACCCAUAAAAAGUGCUUAAAAGUACUUUAGAAAACAGUCCUUAUUCAGAAAUUUUUUUGGUCAGUCUUCUGAAGAAUCUCAAAAAGCCCACCCAAUUUUCAGCUGACAUUUCCACCAGCCCUCUCAUUCAUACUUGUUGACAACUGGUAUCUAUGAGUAUUUACCAAAGAGCUGCCAAGGUUACAGUGAACAGAGUUUUGAAAGGCAUUGCUUAAAAAAAAAGUAUACAUAUGUGUACAUACAUAAUACAUAGAAACACAUGUACUUCUAUAUACAUUUACAUAUUUUUACAAUUCAUAGUUUAAUUUCUAGGAUAUAACUUGGACCAAAUUAUACCUAAAAAUUCCAACAAAGUCCCUUUUUCAAUAUCACAUUACCAAAAAGAUGGCUGCAAAUGUAAUUUGGACCUUUCAUUAUUUUUUUUUUUCAAGACUAGAAUAAUCUCACCACAGAAUCAGAAUUUUCUACCAUUCCACACCCAACCC